AUGAACACCAUCAAUAAUGCUUUGCUCGCGGCCUCAGAAUCCACAGGUUUCUCUAUCGACAAGGUAAAUUCUUACGUGUCCUCAGUCCAUGAAAAAGGGAAUCAAUUUUCAGAUUAAAAAUUUUCUCUCUUAGGGUGGACGUUGUGUAAACGCAAACGUUGAGAGAGGUUCAACUCUUACGUUUACGCACGACCUUCCACACAUUGCCUUAUUUUACGCGACGACAGGGGAAAUUCAGCUUUAUAAUAAUCUUCCCUCUAUUUCUUGUUGAUAAUUAUUGGCACUUUAUUUUUCUAGAUUAAUUUCGUGUUUUGCAUGUUGUUAUGUCUUCCUCUGGGGCUCUUGUUUCGACUGGUUUUGCACCCGAGCAAAGUUUCUCCGACGACAAGACGAGUGACUGGUCUUGCUUGGGGAGUUGCCCUUGCGGUGUUUUGUUUUGGAUGGUAAGCUUAUAGUGACCUUCCCAUAGUUUAAUUCCUAGUCCGUUAUGUAUUACGCUUGUUAGAAAACUGUUUGUAAUUUUUUAGACCUUCCAUGACAAUGUAUACGCCCAUGAAGCUACUUACCACCACGAAGUCCUAACGUAUGUAUCGAAACCCCCGUGAUAAAAAGAAUAACUUUCUUCAUAGGACAGGACACCGAUCGUACCCCGAUAUAACGAACAUUAGUACUGACAAUUGCAGUCAGGCCCUUUGGGCCAAAUAUUUAAACGAGGUCUAACUUAAACCGCGGUUUAAAGAAUCUUUAAACCUCAAGAUCUCUUCUUUGGUGGGUUGUUUUAAGAAGAUAAAUGCUUUCACAAAACAGUUCACAAUAAUGUUUAGACAAAAUCGUUGGGCAAAUUCAAAAUGACUCAGAACGCGGUUUUGUUAAACACUAGCUACACUACGUUUAAAUAGUUGGCCCUUUGGGUUUAGAUAUUUCAUUGCUAAAUACAAAUACUGGCAUCAAUAGUCGCAUGGAAGCGAUUAUUUUCAGAAAUUAAAUUAUAAUUACCACCAAGAAAAAAAUAAGCGAGAAAUGAGACGCGGAGCGGGGAAAGAGGUUAAAGACAAUCAAUUAUUUGUAUGGAGUUCAACCCUCAUAAAUAAAUAUCUGCUAACAAUUAACGGUCAGAACUAGCACGCAAGAUGAGAAAAUUUGUCCAAAAUAGCAAUGUCACAAUAUUUUACAACUGGGUUUAAACAAUUCGGAAUUUUUGUAUUUAAUUUACCACGAGUUAGGGGGUUUGUUUGUGCUUAAUAUGGAGUGGCUGUGCAAGUAAACACAAACGAUCUUGGAGUUUAAAUGUACUCAAUCAGUUUAUUUUGCGCGCGGGGUUCUAUUCAAUUCCUGAGUAGUUAAAACAAGGGCGCGGCAUGUAAAUAUACAACUCGUUGCUGAGGGCUUACAAAUUUUCAUUUUACUUGAACAAAAGGUUUUGUUUUUUUAAUGAUCCCGUUUUUCCUCUAGGCAUUUUAGUCUAGAAUAUUUGUCCACUGAUCUCACCUAGAAUUUCAAAGAAACAAAUUAGUAAAAAAUCGGUAGUUUGCAGAGCUUAAGAAUCCGCUAAGCUUUGACGCCUUUUCCUCCUACUUUUUUUGUAAAUUUCUUGCGCUUGGCGGUCGUUAGGCACAGAAAAAUUGAUGAGUAUACUUGAAAGUGAUUUGGAUUACCGUGGUAACUAGCAUGAAUACCGUUAUCCUAAUUUUUCGAACCCUUGGACUUUUCAGACCUCCUGAACAUUUGUACCAAAACUCAAAACCCCUUUUACGCACAUUUCUGCGAACCAAUCUUUCUAACCAUAAAACUUUUCUGUUACUUUUAAGAAAGUAGUGAAAAACAGUUUUUCUCAGCGGUUUGGUCACUCUCGUCCCCAGAGCCCAUUGACUGUUUCUUUUGGUCUUGGUCUCGUUCAACUUAAGCCGAGUGGCUCUGGGGACGAGAAUGCGGUCUGGUCAGCACAUUACGCAUGCGUACAGCCAUAUCAACCGGGCAUAGAGAGGGCAUAGCCCAAUCUCGUUCCCAGAGUCCGCGUUACCCUUGUCCGAGCGAAACGGGACGAACUCUAGGAACGAGAAUGGGCAUAGCCAUGGAUGCGUUGUCGACCGCGGAAAAAUUUGCUCAGUCGAUAGAGCGCUUGAGGUCGCGGGUUCGAGUCCUGGGGCCGGACGGACCAAUACUCAGGUUCUUAAACUAACUGAGAAAUAAAAGUACUGGCUCGGAUGACAAUGUAAAAUGGCGGCCCGUACGCCUAAUUAAAUUAGUACUUUUAAAUUGCCAUACUGCGACUAUCGUAACCUUCGUGUUGCAAUUUUACCAGGAAUUUCGGCUUUUCUUUUGCCUCAGUCUCACUGUAUUUUUAAAUGCUACCUCAAUUCUGUCAGAAGGAAAUCUCUUAGUAUAUGGAUUAACUUCCGAAGAAACGUUCUCCAAAACUAUGCAGGGUUGGCUAAAAACCUAAGGAACGUUGAAAAGAGUACAAAUAACCAUCAGUAGCCGUCGACUACCUGCCAGUGAAUACCAUUAUCCUAUUGAGCUGUUGCUUUUUUUUUACUCACAGGGAAACUUUAAUUCUUGCUGGAUUGAGUGUCAUUUGUUACAUUGUUACUGCUGUUGUAAACCCUACUGUAGUUCACAGGUAAGUCUCAUGAAAAAUAUCCCGAGCAGUGUUGAAGACAGUGACGAGGGGCUGGGUUUGAAUAACGAUGCAAAAGAAUAGGCCCUUUCCGAGUUCCCCUGGGGCUCUGCAUGAAAACGAGGUUAAGUGCUCAGCCUUUCAUAUGGAAAUGAUUUUUCAUUCUCAUGCAAAUAAAACUCAUUUUCACGAGAAAGGUUGUGUACUUGGCCUCAUUUUGAAAGUGAGGGUUUUUGGAACUCGGAAGUGGCCUAUUUCCUUCGUUUCUAUUUUGAUCACGUGUGCAGUGCUUCCCCGAAAGAGAUCUUAAUACUGAACCUUUGUGUCAAACCUCCAUUGUUCAAUAUAUUUAAUGGUUUCAAGUACCAUCAGCGGUAAUAAAAUACCCUAUUACUGACGUGUUAUACAGUGAGUUUCAAAUUAGGGCGGAGUUUGCAAAAAAGAUUCCUAAAAAACCGUACUCUAUUUCGGAACAAAAUAUUUGAUUUUUUCCCUAUCCUAUUUCAGAUCUGAACCCGCUGUUCCAGACAGUGGUUCCAGGAUCCUGGAGCGCACAAAACCGCGUACCCGAUGUCAAACUCUACACGCAAUUUCAAUCCGCAAGGCAUCCAAAACUGUAUAUAUGUACGCCGUACAUACCUUUACUACUUACAUAGGGAAGUAAUUUCCCGUGAUGGUCUAAGAAAAAUCCAACUGUAACAGCUGUUUACUCUUGUUCAUUUUGCCCACCAGAUUUGUGUUCAUUACAGCCAUGGGAACGCUCUCUGUUUCACAUCUAUACAGACAAAUAAAAAAUUAUGGCGUACAUGCAGUGGAUUUCUCAGGGUGAGUGAAACUGAUUUAGACUUUAAAAAAUGCCAAGUCUUCCAGAGAUUUUGUGCUUGAAUUCAAGAUUGCGAUUUUCCAUUCACAAACCACAAAAAAAUCGUGUGAGCAAAGGGAAGUUGAGGUGGAGAAAGAAAAAAACAACUUUGACUGGGAAGUAAAAGUAUUUAUUACAGGAGCUCAAUAACUCGGAGUCAGCAACUCCCAUACUAGGCCUAUAUCACGGCGUUUUCAAGGAUGAACAUUUUGAACGAUUUCCCAGUCGUCCUUAGCGAUUUAGGAUGUGAUGUCACCUGUCAAGAAUAGAGCAAACUGGCCUGAAGAAGAGGCUGAUUUUAGCGAACUUUUUCCAGCGAAAAUGGAAGGCCCGCUCGUCUAAGAGAGCAUACGAAGUAUAAAAUGUGAAAAAGGAAAACCAAACGUCAUUAAAAGGUCACAAAAACCAGAGUUCAGGUCUUCAGCUCUUGCUGACUGGUUUGCGAGAUGUCAAAGUCGUUCUACAAUAAACUGAUCACUGCAAAUGCUGUAAUACAAGUAUUGUACAUAGACAUUUUCGCUCCGGGAUGGGCUCCUGCAGCUGGUUCUCAUUGAUUUGCUUUACCUGUAUAUUGUUUAGGCCACUGAUGUUAAUAGUGCAGAGGGUUACCUACAUAGCAUACAACUUACAAGAUGGUAAGUUAAUCAAAGUAAAAAAAGAUAUCCUGGGCAGUGUGUCGUUAGUUCUUACUGCCCGGUUCAAGGAUCGGGAAGAAGGCAUAGCGGCAGCUAUCAAGAAUCCGGAAGAGAUAUUUAAGGCAAAAUCGUAGCAGGCCAAGAUUCAGAAAAUACAGAAAAGAAUACAAGAUGGAAUUUGCAAGGCAACGAUUUUUACCUGCAAAUAUCCCGUUCUGAUUAGCUGCAGCUUUGUCACAGAAGGUGGAGUGAAAGUAGUUCUGUGUCUUCGCGUUCGUGGGCAGGACCCCGUCAUAAAAGACAAACACCCCAAGGGAAUAAACCGCGAAGUGAUUUCACCACAUUCGUGCCCCCUAUGGCAAACUCUCUUGCAUUUUGUGCCUACCGCGGAAAUGUACGUUGUCCCCCCUUCUUUGCGUUAUUCUUACUAGGCUCAACCUCAUCUCUUUAACAGGUCUCACGACAGAGAAGAGUAACCUUACAGAUAAACAAAAGAGAGAAGCACUCCGGUAAGCCUGUGUCUGACAUUGGUUAGGAUGUGCGGCAUACGUUUAUGAUUGUUAUUUUUCUUUUAAUUGUCUUCUAGGAGAGUACCAUCUGUUUUGGAAUACUUCAGCUAUAUAUUCCACUACAGUACGAUCCUAGCAGGACCUGUUUGCACCUUCAAGCAGUUCAACGAAUUUAUUGAUGGCUCGGAUAUCAAACAAAAGGUAGUCGGUCGUGCAUUUUCAUUCGUAUGUACCGUAAUAUGACCACCUCCUUCAUCUCUUUACCUCGUUCCUAGAAGUCUUUCUCUUUAUGCCUUAGACGCAAAAUGAUGGAGGGAAGGUGAACUUCGACAGCCAUUUUUUAUGUUGUUGUUUUAUGCCGUUAAUGCUGUUGUUCUUCUUAUUCCUCCCAUGAUGCCCCUCGCUCUACUACCAUCCAGCCAUUGGAAUCGUCUGGCGCUCUUUCUCUCAGAGCGUAAGGGGCUUGUCUCGUUCCUAGCUACUUUGAUUCUGACUGCAGUAACCAUGUAACGAAUGCCUUUUCUCGUUUCUUAGAGACCGGGAGCGAGUGAACCUUCAUCAGUGGUAAGAAACUGUGUGUAUUCUGAAUUGUUCUUGAUGAGAUCUUUACUGGAUCGAAUGUAUUUUUAACAGUGAUGCAGUUAUUUUUCCCGUAACAGGUGGAUGUCAUUAAGAAGUUAUCAUCAGCCUUUUUAUGCGUAUUAAUUUUAUUCUUGACGGGGCAUGAUCAUCCUAUAUCUAGAAAUGCAGGUAAAUAUUGAAAGACGUUAUAACAUUUCCUAACAGUUGGUUGGUUACAUUGGCUCGAUUACCAGCCGCUGUUCAGGAGAAAAUGAGCCCGCACUAAGAUCGGAUCCGAGAGACGGCGGAAAUCGAGCCUAUUGGUUAGACAGACUGAGCGGAAUAUAACUUAAGCGGUUGAGAGUUAUUUUAUUCUCCACAACCAAUCAAACACCAUUGGCAUCUCACAACUAACACGAGCUACAUAUUUAUGAUUACCACAACAAAUAAUUACCAAUGAAAUCGCUACCAAACCCACCAAAACUACCAACACUACCCUACUACCCCGAUCGUCAGUCCUAUUCCGAUCCACCUGCACUACCAAGCACUCUAUCAUCACCAACAACACUCGCUCACGACCAUCCGCGAAACAAUCAGCAUCAUAGUAACUUCAUCAUCACCGGUAUCACCCACACUGCUAUCCGUAGUCUAAUCUCUCAUAGCCGCCUCUACCGCCACCGCUGAUACCAUCAUUACAAACAACACUCAGAAACUACCAACAAUACUACCACAAUUACCCAAGCCAACAUUGCCGACAUCACUAGGAUCGCCAACGCCAUAAAUCACACCACAUUCACCUUCAUCACCACCACCAGUACCAUCACUAGAACCAAAAUAAAAAUGCUACAAGGCUCAAAUCCACAUUUUCAUGGACACCACCAACACAAUUUUCAUCAGUAAUACCACCACACUACUAUUAAUCACCAACACUUCACCACUAUAUACCGCAUUCACUAUUGGCACAGCUUCAUCCCCCACACUCGCACCACUUUAAUAACCAGCAUCACCACGAGCAUCAGCUCUACAACCACCCCGUAACCACCACCACUCCCGCUCCUUUCAUCGUCACCACGACUUCUACCACCUUCUAGCAUCUCACUAGCACAACCACCACUUUCAUAAUCACCGUUACCAUCACUACCUCAACCGCUCUUUUAAUCAUUGCCAUCACUUCUACCACCACUACCACUCCUUUUAUUAUGAUUACUACAGCUACCGCCACUAGCAUCACUGCUCUACGACCACCACUUUCGUAAUCACCGUUGCCAACACCACCACAGCCGCUCGUUUAAUCAUCGCCAUCACUUCUACUAUCACUAACACUCUAUUCAUUACGGUUACUAAUUCUACCGCCACUAGCAUCACUGCUCUACGACCACCACUUUCAUAAUGACCGUUACCACCACCACCACAACCAAUACAGCUCCUUUCAUCAUCCCCCUACCUCCACCACCACUUGGCAAUAACAUCAUAAGCACGACCACCACUUUCAUCAUUACCGUUAUAUAAUUAUCAUAAACAGCAGUAGCACUCCAUACAUCACCACCCCACCAUUUUAACUAAAAAUAUCACUUCCAUCACCUCUAGUACCACUUCCAUUAUCACCACCAUCACUUUCAUUAUCACCACUAAUUUCACUACUUCCUUCUUUCUCACAGAAGGUAGAAGGGCUGGGACUGUUGUAACACUAGGAACUGCUUAAUGGCUGGUUUCCUAGGAAUGACAUCGUUCUCCUUCUCUCUUAUACUCUUUUUCAGAUCCUCAAUUUAUCUCAACGCAGCUUUUCUAUCGGAGGGUCAUUUAUGGCUGGAUAGGUGCUCUGACGGCCAGGCUAAGAUAUUACUUUGCUUUCAAAGUUUGUAAGUCACUCUUUGUUUUCCUUAGUUUCGUACAUAUGGCGGGGUUCUCCUUUUCGUUAACUAUUCAAAAGUCAAGAUUGUCUCUUUUAAGAACUUUUGACAGAAUUUGUAAUCCGUUUUGGAGAGAUGCAACCAUGUUGAGCACACGGAUAAAAAAUCAAGAAAAAUGCACAUUUUUUCAAUAACUAAAACCUAGUGAUCGUUGUCAUAAUUUUAUAUGUAUAGGUAAUCACAUGAUUUCGAGUGCAAUUUGGAAUAAAUAAGCACGAGUAAAUUUUUCAAAGACUAACAAAAGUGCACGAGCCCGUAGGGCGAGUGCACUUUGUGGUCUUUGAAAAAUUUACAAGUGCUUAUUUAUUCCAAAUUGCAAGAGAAAAAUCAUGUGAUUACUUAUUAAUAAUAUACACGAAAAACAUAACUACGACAACAAAUUUUGACAGCGCGCGCGUUUUUAGUUCAUUCAACUGAUUGGCUGAAACAGACUACUACCUUUGUCAAAUUCAAACUUUUUCAAGACCAACGCUUUCAAAAUCAUUCAGCUAAGAACUUGGAAAUGUGCAAGGAUUUUUUUAUAUGAUCACCAGCCUGUUAAAGAUAACUUGGUUUACAACAAUCAGCAAAAGUAAGUGUUUUUAAAUUCAUCCUCGAUUAUGAGAGCUCGGCGUUUACAAGAAGCGUUUUCAAAGAUUAUACUGCCGUUUUUAAAUCAGGAGAACGCUUCGAGCAGCCAAAGAUGAAAGACACUUGCUAAGGAUUUUUAACGACUGUUUAUCAUUGUCUGUUCCUGAGACCCCAUCAUAGCUGGAUUCAUGGACAAAUUUUUGAGAUUUAAAACCCGAAAAUGAAGGAGGCAAUUUGUUUUCUUUCGACGCUACCAUCGAUGGGUGAGUGGAGCCACAGUUGUUGUGAUGUCGGAAACUGUCAGUAUUAAUAUAAUAUUUGCUUUUUCUCAGCGCUGGAGUUUUCAUUAUUUUAUUUGGGCUAAUGCAAGAUUCAUCGUAGCUCUUCUUCGUCGGCUUCAUCGUAGUCGUUAAGGAAAUUUAUACCUCUGUGGCCUGUGACACUGAGGAUAUGUUCUGAAAUUACAAUCUUUGCUUUCUUCACCUGACUGCAUGUUGUUUUUCUUGCACAAUGCUUCGUAAACUUUUUUCUCACUUUCUUUAAGGCUAGUACCAGCUACGGAUACUUUUCAUUGUGUGAGUUGUGGUAUUUUCACCCAUUGGUUUAGUUUGGACCAGAAGUUUAAAUUUUCAGUCUCGUUUGCUACUGAGGUGGGAAAAAAACAGACCAUCACAUGGAUGUUUUACCAGAGGUCUUCGCUCCACAAAAGACUCAAAGAGAGCAACAAAUAACGUACAUGACUUGAAAUCCCUGUUGUUAUCAUUGAAUAAUCCUUGUUCAUUUAAAUGCCUGAAGAGUGUAGCUGUCAUGGUUUGCGUGUUGUUGCAACCGUUUUUGUUCUUUAUUUUUUUUACUUUAGCGUAGUCUGUUAUGAGUAGCUUUUUUUUUAGUUUCUCUGGCUCAUUUUCCUCGAUUUUGUCGACAGUAUUUUUCUCUUAGCAACGCAUUUUCAAUACAUUUAGCGAGAAAGACGUACUUUUUACCGUGUUCGGGUUUUUUUGGAAUAUUUUUUUUAACUUUUCUAUUGUUGUUUUGCUGACAAAAUUUAAUCCCGUCGUCGUCUGCUGAAAACCAUGGCCAUUUUCUUGAAUCUGUGUUGUUAAAACAGCUCUAAUCUGAUUGGUUCUUGUUGGUUUCUUUUGUGUUUUCGGCCAAUCAGAAACCAUUUGUAAUUUGCACUCGUGUUACAAGUUUGCACUCGUGUUACACAUUUUGCACUCGUGUUACAGAAGAGCUGCACUCCUUUCUCAGCCAAUCAGAAUUGAGUAAUUUUUUCGUGUAUAUUAUUAAAGAUUUGAAAAAACUUAUCCCAGAUCUAGCUAAUUUUCUUUAAUCCGUUUCAAAAAUACCAGAUAAUCUCCCCUUACGUCUGCCUAUGUCAGUAUUGAUCAUUUUGUUUCGUUAUUUUUUUAGCCGAAGCCGUAAAUAACAUGUGUGGUUUAGGAUUUAAUGGUUUUGAUGCCAAUGGAAAAGCUAAGUGGGACGGCAUUACUAAUGUCAACAUCCUUAAAGUCGAGGUACUUACUCCAAACUGUCUCAUGCAGUUUAGCAUGGAAGCAUGUUAAACGUUUAUUUCUUUACUCGCGACACACAGUUUGUUUAUUGGAGAGUUAUUCGCGGGUUUUAACUGUGCGUCGUGAAAAACAAAAACACAAGGAUCAAGUUUUCUAAGCUAAUGAUAAAGUUCGACGAAGCAAAAGAAACCCACACACACGGACGCAAAACAGCUUUACGCCUAUUGCCCCUACAAGGGUAUGUGCCGCUGAACAGGGUAUGGUUUUCAAGGUCUUCAGUCUUAAAAAGGAUAUACAAGUUAAUCAUUCAGUGUGACUUACUAAGGUGUGUUUUUAUUAGUCAGGAAGCUUAUUUAAAAGAGUGUGAAGGCUGGCGAUGACCGGUAUGCAUGUGUGGUACCAACAAUUUUUCCCAAAAAUCUAAUUUCAAUUCCGCGAUACCGUAAAUCCUCUAUUAAGCCCCCCCGGGGGGCUUAAUUAUUUCAAGCCCAUUUGACAGGGGGCGGGGCUUAUUUAAUUUAGAAACGACGAUGGUAUCAGUUCUCCAUAAAGAACCUAGAAUUCAAAGUGGAAAAGCUCAAGUAUAAGAAGUUUUAGGUCAUGCAGCCGAGGAUCAGAAUCAAAUCCGAACUUCCAAUUGGUAAAUAAACCAUCCCGGAUUAGUCCACACGAAGUUUUACGGUCUUGAUUGAUUAACACAGUCUAUCAUUUAUUAGUGAAGAAUAAUUUGGGGUGCGGAGAGGGCCUUAAUACAGAGGGGAGCAAAUUGACUUUCUUCCCCUAAAAAGGGUGGCUUAUAAGAGAGAGGGGGCUUAUUUCAGAGAGGGGGGAGGGGACUUAAUAGAGGAUUUACGGUAGUCUAACACAUUACUUAAUUCUGCAUGUUGAAGGUUUCCUUUUUUUCAAAAGGGUAGCGAAAUGAGCUAUUUUUGUCUUACGGAGGGUCCGCGGCACACAUCUACGCGCCUCUACCCCACUUUCCCUUGAGUGUUACCCCCGCCCCGGAGUCCAGUGACAGCUAAAUAGGCCAUCUUUGUCCCGAGCCUCUGCUUCAAAGCGAGGCUAGGGCGAAGCCAUUGAUAUGAAAAUGAUUUUUCAUUCUCAUGCAAAUAAAACUCAUUUUCAAAACAAAGGUUUUGCACUUAGCCACGUUUUGAAAGUGAGAGUUUUUGGAAUUCAAAGAUGGCUCAUUCUUCUUUUCCUCUUGCUUCCUAGUUUGCAACAAACAUAAAGAUGGCUUGCGACAACUGGAACAUAUCUACAGCCUUGUGGCUGAGGAGGUUAAGAAAGUAAAUCUGUUUAUUUUCUGGAAAUCCCUAUUGUACGCGAUACUAUGUCAUGUUUUCGUUCAUUUUCAGAAUUGUAUAUGAACGAUGUUCUCGCCACAGGACCCUAGCGGUGUUUAUUAUGUCAUCUGUCUGGCAUGGAUUCUAUCCGGGAUACUAUAUGAUGUUCUUAUCGCUUGCACUGUUUAUAGAGGCGGCAAGAAUGGCAAGUCGUUAGAUUUUGUUGGUUUUCUCAAAGUAUUUCUUAAAUCUUCUUAAAGCUUGACAGCGCUUUCGAACACUUGGAACCAGUGACGACUUGAACAGUCUGCUCAAAGAACCAUAGCCUGUCGGCCAGGCUUUUACAUCAUGCGUAACAUGUUCAAAAAUUUAAAGUAGAAAGUGAAGAAGAAAUUAAGGGGAAGCAUCUGUCAGUCGUUUUUCUUCCUCUCGCUCGCGCUUCAUUUCCGAUGCCUGAAGAAUCUUUCAGCUAACUUUAAAAAAAGGUUAUCAAAUGCUUGUAAUAGAUUUGAUGUGUCUUAUUAGCUUUUUAAAGCUUAUAAUUUAAAAAAGUAUUACUUUUUACAUCUUAAACAUCUUUAGUUAAUACACUAAUCCACAAUUUUGAUUUCUUUUUUCCCGUAAUUUGUUUCUUGUGAUGGCUCAAGGCAGCUUUUCUUGUUCUCCGACCUCAACCCGCGCCUCUCAAUGUAUAAGGACAAAACCCCUUGGAACUGGAACUUUCAUUUUCUACCAUUUAUUUUUUCAGGGACGUCGGGUAAUCAGACCUUACUUUCAGGAGACACGUGCUUUAGUGUUAAUGUAUGAUGUGAUCACGUGUAUUUUAACUGCAGUGUCUGUAUCCGCAAGCGCGUUACCGUUUAUGCUGCUUCAACUGCGCAAGUCUCUUGACUACUGGAGGUAAACAAUUCACCACUUUAGAAACGAGAAAGAAACUGGGACGGGUUAACUUUCGCUAAGACCUCUGGGACUGUUACCAGGAGGGUCAAAUCCUGUUACAUCAGAGAACCCGGGUAGUUACAAACCUUUUAAAAGAGCUGGCUUAGACAUCACUUCAGAGGAGGAGGUUAAAUGCUAGACUCCAACUUAUGUGGAAGGCCGUAAACAAUACAGUUUGCCUGAAGAUUAGAUACCUGACCACAUUAAGCCUAAGGAAAGAAUCACCUGUCAGUAAAUCCUAAGAAGACCAUCCUCAUCAGGAAAUAAUUACAAGUUUAGUUUUUUUUGCUGUGAUUGAAUCUGAAACAUAUGAUGGCUUCAAACAAGCCACAAGUAAUUUAAAUAUUUAAUUUGUUACAACAAGAGUAUAUUUGAUGGUGUUUAUUUUCACUUACGUUUACCUUAAUAUAUUUAUAUAUUUAAAAUUAACCUGUAUGUCAACGCUGUGAGCUCUACCUAACCACAGCUAUGUAAUGGGAAACCUUUAUAGAUUAAAGAUCUUUCCUUCCGUCCUUCCGUCCUUCCGUCCUUCCCCUCCCCCUCUUUCAUUUUUCGGCCCUCGUUUCAUUUCUCGAGCGGCCAAAACCUAAAAAACCGUUCCUCUGUCUUUCUUUGCUCCGAAGCCAAACGGAAACUCUUGCUACGCAGGCUAAUAUAGAACUGACCGGCGUCCCCAGAAACGAUUCCAGAAAGCAUUGCGCGACGCAUUUCGGUUCCAGUCCCCUUCUCAUUUCUAAAGUGGCAAAUUGAAUGACAGACCACUUUUGAAUAGUAACUACAACCUAUGUCAAAAAUCCUUGAGACACCCAUGCAAGCGCCUUUCCCCUUUGCAAAGUUACAUGGCUGCAACAUUGCAGAAAGGAGGGGGAGACGAAAGGAAGCAAAAUUUUCCAAGUGUUUCCAGGUUUUUGAUUUUAAACUCGAAAUAAGCCUACAUGUUCAUUUUUGUUUUACAGAUCCUUGUACUUCUAUGUUCAUAUUUGCUCGCUUUUGCUUAUCCUGUUUUGCUACAUGCGGCUAAGAACAAAGGAAAAGGGAAGAAAAGAAGGAGCUGAGAUGACAAUGAAUAAGAACGAGAUUGGCCAGUUUACACACAAGGAAGCAAGGACAGACUAAAAACACGAAAUGAAUGUAACUCAAUUAACUGAAAACGGACAUACAAAGUAAAGACUACUUUUUUCUUCGAGCCCCUGUUGCAUAUUCAAAAUGUUUACCUCCUCUAUUUUGGAAACUGGAUUGCGCUCAAAUAUAACAUUGGUUAACUUAAUUUUUAUUUGGCAGAUCGCGCUUCACUCGUAAGUGAGAAAAACUUUUUUUUGAUUCAAGUUUGUGACUCGAAAAAAAUGUCUAUGGCUUGCCUUAGUUACCAUCACUUAACCAGAGAUCUUAAAAGUGGCUACCCCAAGUACCCCACCAAUUACCCUGGCGUUGACGCUAAGUUUUGAUUCCUUUAGAGAUAAGAAGUGAAUCAUCUUGGUUCAGUACCCAACUUCUUCAUAAUUUGGGAAGUUCAAGAGACGACGACGGCGACGGCGACGGCGACGAAAACGGCAAAAAUCGAUAG